GUUCCGUCAUCUGUGUAGUGGGAAAUGUAUAUGGAUUUAUUUACUGAAGUAUGCAUCAUUUCAAUUUUCAAUGCUGUUGUGUUUCUUUAAGUAAUUGGUUUAAACUUUAUAUUAUGCUUUUAAUUGGAUCAUCAAGAGUAUGUGUUAUACAAGACAGAAAGUGAAAAGAUAUUGUAACUAAUGAAGUCUUCACUCUUGUGCAAUAAAUGUCGAUUGUGCAGUGAAAAUUGGCAAAUUUUCUUUAACAUCAAAUGAUGUUAUGUUUUUUAAUUGACCAAAAUAAAAUAUAAAUGUCUUAGACGUAAAAUACAAAAAUGUACGGUAUUAAUGGGACUGAUUUUCCACCAGUUAAAGAAGAGACAUUUUGUAAAUAUGUGUUGUACUAUGAGAUUAACAAUUCAAGUGUUCGUAUUUGGGACUUGAUCAUAUUGAUACCUAAUGCACUAUUUGUGUUGUUCUUGAUAGUACGAUUUAAUAAAGCUCAGUUGAAAUUACGAGCUACUAGUAGCCCUAUAUUUCUAACAUUCUAUACAUUAGUUUGGGGCAAUGUUAUCAUAAGUUUGGUGAGAUGUGCAGUUUCCAUGACGGUCAAUGCAGCUGUGCCUGUAGGAGGGUUGGUUGAUAAAGUUCUCUGGGUUACUGUUAGAUUCUUCCUACUUGCUACGGAGAUGAGUGUUGUUAUAUUUGGAUUGGCAUUUGGUCACAUGGACAGUAGAAAGAGUAUUAGGUAUGUUCUACUUGCUACCUCAUUAAUAUCCCUCGCAUUCACAGUAACACAAGGGACUCUUGAAAUUGUUAUGCCGGAUGAUAUGUUCCAUGUUGAAGCAAGGGAUUAUGAUCUGUUUGGCCAUGGUGGAAUGUUAUUUUGGUUUGUGUCAUCACUUGUGUUUGGCAUAAUUUACCUGGUCAUAUUGUUCCUGCCAUGGCUACCCAUAAGAGACUAUCUAGCAUUGCCAACAAAACUAUCGUUUUACCUGUAUGUGCUACUGUUGGCUUUGUUGGACACGACGCAAGCGGUCGGUGCUGGUCUUCUGAUAUGGGGGUCGAUGCAGUGUGGACUGUGCGUGGUCGAUAUAACUACAUGGCUAUAUUUCUCGCUCUACACACCGCUUGUGUAUCACACUUUCCUGAGUGAAUUCUUCAGUGUGUCACAACCGAGCAUAAUGUUCUCGUACAAGGCCCAGAUGGAUGAGCCCAUGGAUGAAGACCAAGUCUCUCUUCCGCAUCAGCAGAGUUUCAGUUCGCUUAAAACAGACUCCGAUUAUAUCUAUCAGCAGAGUAACAGCGUAUAUGACAGUACCCUAUUCGAGGCCGGCGGAACAACUCCAAUGAACCCGGUCUACAGCGCGUCACUACAAAGCCCGGACUCGAUAGCGUCUAACCAGUCUAUGGACCUGGGGCUCAACAUUGGCUCACAGAGCCAGAAUAUGCUGUCCACAUAACAAUAGCUUAUUUAUAUUGGGCGUUACACUACGCAGAAAUAUAUUGUAAUACAUACAGGUCGAAAUUGCGCUCCAAACACAAAGGAAAGCAAAACCCAUUUUACCAUUAAACAGAAUUUGACCGCUAAAUGUCUGCUACGGCGUCAUCUAGUUUUAAAAUUGCGUUGUUAUAAUAUUGAAUAGGUUCGGCGUAUACCAUUUGUGUUGAGGUAAAUUGUGUAUAUUGGCUUAGUAUAUAUCAAAAACUCUGAUACAACUAUCAAAAUCGUUGAAGUAAAAUCAUUCGAUUGACAUAUUUAGCUAAAGUGGUAUGAAUUCAUUCCCUCAAUGUCCGCUUGAUGACGCAAUAAAACGAGAUAAAAGUUUAUUAUGUAUGGCACGAAAUAAAAAAUAUUGGAACUUAAAUACAGGCAGAUGAAUUUAGAAUAAAAGCCACGAUUAAGAUUAUUCGGUCGGCCUAAAAACAUUGGCCCAAUCGUAUGGUAUCUAGAGGGAACAAUUGAAAAUAAAAUAAAUACUCAUACAACACGAUUAAUAGGAAAGCGACGUUCCGAUAUCCUAAAAUCAGCCCUUGUAAUGCUAUGGAACACAAUAAAUAACCUUUUUUUAGGCUACUUUCACCAUACUAUUGUUUGGGUAAUAAAAAUUAGAGUUCCUUUUGUAGGCCAAAUAUACGCUGAAUCAUCCACGCCAAGUUCUUCGUUUUGUCGGAUAUAGUUCUAUAGUUCCGUUAUUUUUGUCAAACUUUUAUGGUCUUUCUUUGUUUUCUGAAAUGUGUCGAUUUUAAUUCCUUAUAACGCCCCAAAUGAACAACAAUUGGCACCUUUAUCCAAAGAAAAUGUAAGAUUUAAGUUUAAUAUUGUAUAUGUCUACUAUGUUUUAUUCCCUUGAGAAUCUCAAACGUGUGUUUUCGCUUAAGUUUUGUGAUAUUUUAGCCAGUGAUAAUGGAUACCUAGACUUUACAUCCUUGCUGCUUUAAUGUAAUGGUUCCAUCCACGUUUUCAUGUAGGAUAACUUUAGCCUGAUAUCAAAUAUUCCAUGCCCGCGGUGCCGAAAAUGAUCGGUUCAUCAGGGCAGAGAAGAAGUAGAACUAACUGUAUGUACGUGUAAUGUUCGUCCGGGAUAGUUCUGUCACCAUCUAUUUCUGCUGCAAAACAGGAGGCCGCUGCCACUGUUAUGUGUAGGUUUGAAGAGUGUAGGUGCUGGUGUAAAUGUAGGCGCAAGGACAUAUAUUGCGCUUAACAUCAUUUGAUCCAUCUGCUCAUUCUGGUACAAAUAAAAAGAUUUCUUUUUGUGGAAAUGGUAAAGUAAUACAAACGGAUCAUCUGAUUGGAAGACACCAUCGCUACGCACACUUUCCUGCAACAUCGGAAGAAUUACAGAAGGCUUGCCGUAUUUUAAGCGCGUACAAAAGAAGGAACGUACAGGUCACCUAGUGUUAAGUGAUCACCGCCGCCCACAGUCUCUUGCAACACCAGAGGAAUCAAAAGCCGGCACCUAAGGAAUGUGUACGCGCUUUUUUUGAAGGUACCCAUGUCGUAUCGUCCUGGAAACACUAGGCAAGGAGUUCCAAGCCAUAGUUUGUAGUACGUGAUGGAGAGCCACUCAUCCAGACAGAAGGUGGGGUAGGUCGGAAGAGAUCAGCAUGUGUUAAGUUUCCAUAAUCGGUAGCAAUUCAUAGAAGAAUGGAGAAUAUUGUGAUAUUUUAUUGAUAAACGAUACACGGCAUCUGUCCCUGGCGUACGAUUUAACUAUGUCACCGCGGGCAUCGAAUCCUUGAUUUUGAUUUAGAAUCGUAAUAACAACUAGGUUAUAACAAUAAGGCGGGUAUUCUAGAACCUGUCUCAGUAUUCUAUAUAAGUUCGAGCCUUCGAGAGAAUGUUAAGCUGUCAAUAUAGUCAUAGUCCGCCCAGUGAUAAUUAAGAUCGCACGGCAGAAUGAAUUACCCCGUCACUUUGUGACUUAAUCAGUCUACAAAGUAAUCAUAACAUAACACAAUAGUUUUUGCCAAUAGGAUUAGAUGGCAGUACACUCUGACUGUUGUUAUCUAAGACAAAUAAAUGAUGCUUAAGACAAUGUUAUUUAAACUUGAGACAUGUUCUGGAAUUCGAAAUGAAAACAGUUGGCAGGAAAUUUAUAAAUCAGUAGGAUCUAGAAAAUUGGUACCAACAUUAAAAUAAGAAAUUACUCGGAUAUAGUUUAUUACAAUGGAAUACAUCUACUAAAAUAUACAGGUUGUCCCAAGAAAUUGUGUCAAGCGAAUGUCUAGAAGUAGCACACCUUAAUAAUUUUGAUAAUAGUGGUUAAAGAACCCGUAAUAGUUUUAUGAAUCCUCUUGACGAAAAUAUGUUAGGACUAACAGUUACUUACAAUUGCUAAAAUAAUUGGAACUACUUUGGUUUUAAAUUUCCGGCCACACUACUUAUUUGAUUUUACGAUUAGUGUAUAGAGUGAGCCUUGAAUGAAACAAUUCGUCAAUAGAAUAUAAGAAUUGAUGAUUUUUGUACAUUUAGGAUUUAGUAUUGCGGAUAGAUCUUACUAGAACACAACAUAUUUUGCGGUAUAGGUAAAUUUCCCUUUCUACAACCCAUACCAUUCCUAGCAUAGUAGUUUGUUUGAUAUGUAAAAAUUAAGUGAUAUGCAAAUGCAACAUUCUUUCUUUGUAUAUUUUUAUGUUUCCUAAAUCAUACACUUCUUUAGGUCAAUUCAACAAAUGUUAAAAUUAGGACAAUGAUCAUACCAAAAACUAGAUAAAGGAGGUAAUUUUGCAAUACCUAUUAUACAAAAGUACUUUAAAAAACAUUAACUUGUUACAUUUUUUUGUCAAUUUUUGUCAGUGUCUACUCAUGUUAAUAUAACUAAAGUAUAACCCCUUAUUCAUAAUGGUCCGCUAACUUUAAACAACCGCUUAGGAGUGUUUUUUCUCAUUCUGACUUAGGUCAAUAGAAGAAGACAGGGUGAGAAUAAGCAAUGCUAAGUUAGCAGACUAUUAUGAAUAAGGGGGUAAAUAUGUAAGAUCUUAAGUAUAGGAUUGAUUUAAAAGAUAUCGCUAGAAGUUUUAUAUCAAGUUGCGACAAUAAUAUUUUGUCUUCUGCUGCUAGUCAGGUGUCUCGUUCUGUUAAUGUUUACUUGUGAAACUAACGAUAAAGUACAACUCCACUGACCAACGGAUCUGGCAAUAAUAGUUCGACUGCAUACAGUUAUUAAAUAAAUGGAACUUAAUGAAGUGUGUGAUAAUGAGUUAUUAUUAAACAUGACGAUAGUAUUUACUGGCUUACAUUAACAAAUGAAUUGUUUGUUCAUUUUAUUCAUUAGCCUUUUAAGUUCUUUCUAGUGACACGGAUUUAGUUUAUGACUACAAAGUGAAAUUUGGCUGUUUUAUUGUGAGAAUAUCUAACAUAGUUUGUAAUUAUAAAUAAUAGAUACUAUAGACUAUAGAGUGACUGGUGAGCCGAGUAUUACAUUGAAAUAAUAAUAUGUUAAGCACUUUUAUUUUUAAUGAUUUAAUAUCAAUAUUACUUCAUAUUAUAUAAUACAUUAUUAUUUAAAAUUGAUUUGUCAUAUACAGCGGUAUUCGCAAACCAUACAUAUUUGACAUCUGUCAAUGUCAUGAUUAAGUCAUUGUUUGUGAGUAGCUAUGGUUAGGAGGCGUAUACACAGUAACUUCGGUGUAUUUCCAUAGGCGUGCAGGCCGUUUCGUUAAAUAUUUGUAUGUAAAAACAAGUUGACAACUUCCUUUCAUACAAAUAUUUACCUAGACAGCAUCUAGUACUCUCAUACUGACACAGUCCAUUAUGAAAUUAAACUACAAUAAUAUUCCAAAUACGAAGUCCCAUGUUACAAACAGGCUCCAGGUACCUAUUAAGACUAUGACCAAUAAAUCAAAUAUUUAUUUAUGAUAUGAAAUCACUUAUUUCACGGCAAAAAACUACCACUUACUUAUACACUACUUUUAAUUUAAAAAAAAAAAUAGGUCUAUGUAGAAUAGUCACUAUGCAGUCCGUUUUUUAACUGGAAAGUAAUAGACACAUUAUAUGCUGUUUUGCAAUGAAAAUGUAUCAAUGGCGGGAACGGCGCAGACGUCACGUUUGCCUAGUAGCAAUUAUAUUAAUAUUAUUAAUAAUGUUAUUGUGAACACUCAUUGAAAUGUGAAUUUUGUGGAGGAUUUUGCUGUUUUCGUGGGAUAAAUUGGUUAUUUUAAAAUAACCGUAGGUACUUUUAAAAACUGCCGAAUGGUAUUUCGUAUUUGGAAUUUCAUUUAGGUAUAUUUUUUAUGUCGCAGAUGGAUUGCUUAUGUAGCUGUUUUACACCACCGCAAGUAAUUUUACGAAACGUUGAAGUUUAGCGUGCUUUUUAUAAUUACUGAAGGCAGAAUUGCAUAAAAGUUCUUAGUAACUUGACAACGAUUGGAGGUUUUGCAAAACAAUGAACUACAAAGAACUAAUCUAAGAGUCCACCAACCUAUAUUUCGAUAUAUUUGCUUAAAAUUUACGUUGUUCGGCGAGUUGUUUCGCAAAACAGCUGACUCGGGAAUCCAUUUGCGACAUAAUAAUGUUAUAUAUGAAAUAGUUCCAAGUACUUUGAAGCACUGAAAAUAUUUAUGUCAGUAUUCAACUCAACAUAAAACGAGUAUUUAAUUAUAUUAAUUACUAUGAUGUUUUCAUUUAGUAUGUAACGGGAGAAUACGUCAUACGACUAAUUUUAUUGAUUGUAAACAAACUUAUUACUUGCACUGUGAUGUUUUACCUACUUUUUUUUAUUUGUUGUUAUUUUAAGUUUUAUUUUAUUUGUAAAAUUUGAAAACCAUUUUUAUUUAGUGACAGCAAAGCUGUUUGUUGAAAUUUUAUAUUUCCUAAGAUACACUUAACAUCGAGACUUUAUAGGUCAAUUCUGUAUACCUAGUAUGAAAAAAUAAAUGCUAAGGAAAAA